CACAAUUACCAUGCUGUAUGUAUCACUGACGUUCCUUAGGCCACGAAGCCAAUGAAAAGGCCGCCUAUCGCACUCCCUCGAACGCCGGUACAGAAGUGAAAGCGCAGCACCUGUCAGGGUGUAUAGACGCACACGUCCGCACGCCAUGGCUACGCCAGGUAGUCGUUCGUCCACGAUGUACGGGUUACUCCUGCUCGGUUUCAUCGCCACUUUCCACGUGACUCCGGCGACUGCAGCGGAAAAGCCACCAGGCCAGGGUCUGCAGUGUGAUGGAUGCGUGGCGAUACUGCAAGAGCUCCACCCCAAGCUGUCGGCGAGCCAAGGUCGCAAGCGACUAGUGGACGGUGCGCUGAAAGGCCUGUGCAACGCGGACAACUUCGUCGUCUACAGGCACAGCCCUCCGAAGAUGCUCAAGGCCUGCAACUUUAUUCUCGACAACUACCGGGACGAGCUGACGUCGAGUCUCCACAACUUCUACAAGAAGUACAAGGUGAAGGACAACCUCAAGCUACAGGCCGAGUUCUGUGAUGAGACCAUCAAGGUGUGCCCGCCGGGUAUGCGGGACACAGACAUCAGGAUGAACCCCGUUGGAAUGAGCAUCGAUGAAGCCAACGAGAAGCUAGCUGAAGGCUUCGAUUUAAAGCAAGAGACUGUUAUUGAAGGUGAUAAUAAAUGGGAUGAGCUAUGAUA